CCUCAACUUACAGAACUGGCUUCUUGGGCUUCGGGAGUGUUUCCCAUUUAAACAAACAGUGCUGAAGAUGGCGGAGAGUUAAUGGUCUAAAGAAGAAAUUAUCGAUCCCGCACAGAGAUACGUUCACAAGGCUCCAUUGACCAGCUCCCAUAGAGCCACACCCCCAGAGCGAGGGGAGGGGGGAUCUGAUCGUCCAUCAUCUCGGUGCCGUCACAAGGUGCUGAUAUGUAUUCAUGAUGAGCGGAUUGGGGGAGAACUCCAUGGAGCCUCUGAGCACAGAAAACCGGAAACGCAAGCUCUCCACUUGUGACACGCCUGGUCUGGGGUGUGAGAGGAAGCGGCGGGAGCAGGAGAGCAAAUACAUCGAAGAGCUGGCUGAGCUGAUCUCCGCCAACCUCAGCGACAUCGACAGCUUCAACGUCAAACCAGACAAAUGUGCCAUCCUCAAAGAGACGGUGCGCCAGAUCCGCCAGAUCAAAGAGCAGGGGAAAGCUUCAUCCAACGAUGACGACGUACAGAAGUCCGACGUGUCCUCGACCGGUCAGGGGGUCAUUGACAAGGACCAUCUGGGGCCGCUCCUGCUUCAGGCUCUGGACGGCUUUUUAUUCGUGGUGAACCGUGAGGGCAGCAUCGUGUUUGUGUCAGACAACGUGACGCAGUACCUGCAGUACAAACAGGAGGAGCUCAUCAACACCAGUGUGUACAAUAUCCUCCAUGAAGACGACAGGGAGGAGUUCCACAAGAACCUGCCCAAGACUAACAUAAAUGGAGUCUCAUGGGGGAACGAGGCAGCCAGACAGAAGAGUCACACCUUCACUUGCCGGAUGCUGGUCAAGUUUGGCCACGCCCAUGGCCCCAUGGAGGAGGGGUCAGGGGGGCCUCGCUACGAGACCAUGCAGUGUUUUGCUCUCACCCAGCCCAAGGCCAUGAUCGAGGAAGGUGAAGACCUUCAGUCAUGUAUGAUCUGUGUGGCCCGUCGGGUGACAGCCAUGGAGAGAACAGAGAGUUUCAAUACCCGUCAUGAGCUAUCAGGUAAACUGAUCCAGAUCGACCAGAACUCUCUGCGAGCAUCGAUGCGCCCGGGCUGGGAGGAUUUGUUGAGGCGUUGCAUUCAAAUGUUCCUUCAGCAUAGUGACGGACAGCCUUGGUCGCACAAACGUCACUACCACGAGGCCUUUCUACAGGGUCACGCUGAGACGCCUUUGUACCGCUUCUCUUUGUCCGACGGCACUCCAGUCACAGCGCAGACCAAGAGCAAACUGUAUAGGCACCCGAUGAGCAAUGAGCCGCAAGGAUUCAUCUCCACUCACCUACUACAGAGGGAACCCAACGGUUACCGCUCUGCUCAGGGUGGAGGCAUGAUGCCGAAUGCUAUGAGACAACAGGGCAUGGGCGGCCCAAACCCGAACGCCCAAAUGAAUAUGAACAGUGGUGGUGGGAUGGGGAUGGGGGGCAUGGGUGGCAUGAACAGGGGCUUCGGCAUGAACGAGCAGGGCCACGUGGGUCACAUGGGUCCAAUGGGAGGUGGAUCUAUGUACGGAGGAAAUGGUGGAGGAGGGAAUGGAGGCAUGGGCAACCGUAUGAUGCAGAUGAAUCAGAUGGGGCAGGUGGGGCACAUGAAUCAGAUGGGUUCCAUGAAUCACCCAGGACAAGGCAUGCAGCAGCACCCUCAGCAGCCCCCAUUUCAGAGUAGCGGUGGGUUUGGGCUAAGUGGCAUGACUAGCCCCUCUGGAAGCCCUAGAAUGGGAGGCCCCCAGCAGGGUCUGCUGAUGUCGCCACGAAACAGAGGGAGUCCAAAGAUGGGGGCCAACCAGUUUUCACCUGGAGGGAUGCACUCUCCCAUGAGUGGCAUUGUCAGUGGUGGAGGAAGUGGAGGAAGCACCACCACCUUCUCCAGCAGCUCUUUAAACGCCCUACAAGCAAUCAGUGAAGGCGUAGGCAGCUCCCUUCCUUCAACCUUAACGUCCCCAACACCAGCCCUAAAACCUGACAGUUCUCCCAGUGUCCACUCCUCUUCUUCUUCCCAGCCAAGUCAGCCAGCCAAAUCGAGCCAAGAUGGCUCCAAAAGCCCAGCGGGAGGCUUAGGACCUGGGCCCGGCGACCAUCACCACCCAAUGCACCAUCACCAUCAUCAUCAGCAUCCUCCGGCAGAGAGUUCUGGAGAUCGUCCUGACAGCCAGGCAGCGACAGCGACUAAAGAGUCUGCAGAGGGAGGCAAUGAGGCAGGGGUGGCAAGCUCUGAGCCCCCUCGGAGGGUGCCAGACAGUAAGGGGCAUAAGAAGCUGCUACAGUUGCUGACGUCCCCGACCGAGGAGCUGGGAAUAAGUGGCAGUGGAUCAGCAGGGCCCCCAGUACCACCCCCACCACCAAGCAGCAGCACUCCUGCAAGCUCAGAAAGCAAGGACCCCGCAGGAGGCAUGACCAGCCCAUCAUCUACCGGGGUCUCCUCCUCUUCUUCAGCCAGUGCAAAUCCAGGCCAGGCGACUGGGCCAGGGGGCGUGUCAACAUCACUUUCAUCAGCCCACUACACAGGCUCUCUGCAAGAAAAGCACAAAAUCCUCCACAAACUUCUUCAGAAUGGCAACACCCCAGAUGAAGUGGCUAAAAUCACAGCUGAGGCAACAGGAAAGGUGUCACUGGGGAGCCAGGAUGGUGGGGAGGUUGGAACCGGAGGAUCAGGAGGCGGUACGGGGGCUGGGAUAAUCACAGAGCCCAAACAAGAGCAACAUAGCCCCAAGAAAGAGAAGACUCAUGCCCUCCUUCACUACCUCCUCAAUAAGGAUGAUUCCAAAGAGCCGGCAGAUGUCAAGCCUAAACUAGAAGAACUAGAAGGGAAGGGUGCCUUGGGGGCUGCUGGCGGCCCUGCACGGGGCGGUCCUGGAUCUGGGUCUGGCCCUGCACCUGAACAUCCUGAGAGCAAGAUCAAGUCAGAGCCGCCUGAUGAUUUGCAAAACUUAGAGUCCAUCCUUGGAGAUCUGAGGGGCUCAAACUCUGACUUUUACCCAGAUCAAGCUGGAGGGGCAAAUGAGGCAGGAAACAAACCACAGGGUUGCCUUGACGACAGCCUGCAGGGGAGUCCUGGAAUGGGUCCAGGUCCACGGGGACCCUUCCAGAGGGCCAUGUCCAUAGAUGGAAAGUCUCCAGGUGGUUCUGGAGGGACAGGUAGACGCCCUAUGCUCAUCAAGCAGGAGAACAUGAUGGGCAGUCCAGACGGAUACCCAGGAAGCAUGGGACCAAUGAAUAGAGGCAUGGUUCCCCAGAGGUCUCCAAUGGGGGGUUCAGGGGACUGGGGCAUGCCCCGCUCCAGUGCCAGCCCUGUGGGUUCAGCAGGACACCCCUCCAUGAUGCGUCCAGGCAUGGACUACAACAACAGCAAAGGCAUGAUGUCAGGACCUAUGGUCAGCCGCUCCAACAGUGUACCAGGGACGAGGUCUAUGCUGCAGCAACAGCUCAUGGAGAUGGGAGGCUCUGCUGACAUGGGCAUGGGUAUGAGCCCCUUCAGCCAACAGGGUCAGCCAAAUGAAUCCCCAUCCUGGCCGGACUCUAUAAUGGGAAUGGAGGGAAAUCGACGCCAGUUUGGGAACACCUUAGAUGAUCUCCUGGUGCCUCCGACCACCAGUGAGGGACAGAGUGAUGAACGGGCACUAUUGGACCAGCUGGACUCUCUGCUUAACAAUACAGACGGCAUCGCUCUGGAGGAAAUAGAUCGAGCCCUGGGCAUACCAGACCUCGUCAGCCAGAAUCAGGGAGCUGAGCAGCAGCUGGAGCCUUUUCCAGGACAGGACCCCUCCAUGGUGCUGGAUCAGAAGCCCAUCUAUGGUCAGGGUUAUCCAGGACCCCCCUCCAUGCCCAUGCAGUCUGGCUAUGGGGGGAACCCCAUGCAGGGACAGGCUCAGCAAGGGGGGUUUGGCCCCAUGCUGUCUCAGAUGGGCCAAGGUGGCAGUUUCCCUGGUAUGGGCGGGAUGGGUGGCAUGGGACACCCACGUGCCAAUAUGAUGAGACCCAGGAUGAUGACUGCCAACAAACCAAUGAGACUCCAGCUGCAGCAGAGGCUGCAGGGUCAGCAGUUCAUGAAUCAGACGCGGCAGGGAAUGGGCAUGAAGAUGGAGAACCCUGGAGGAAACCCUGGCAUGAGGCCCGGCAUGCAACCUGGCAUGGGAGGACAGCAGGGCUUCCUGAAUGCUCAGAUGAUAGCUCAGCGCAGCAGAGAGAUGGUCACCAUGCAGAUGAGGCGGCAGCGCAUGAUGAUGCUGAUGCAGCAGCAACAGCAACAGGCGGCAGCAGCCGCUGCUGCAGCUGCAGGAGGAUUCAGUCCCCCUCCAAACGUCACAGCUCCUGGUGGCAUGGACAACCCCAUGGGAGGGCCAAACAUGGGUCAGCCGGGCCCCCAGCAGUUUGGCUAUGGUGGGACCUAUGGAAUGGGUCAGCAGGGUGACCCUUCAUUUGGCCCAUCAGGUGCCAGUCCUCCUAAUGCCAUGAUGCCUGGCCGCCUGGGGCCACAAAACCCCAUGAUGCAACAGCACCCACAGGGGGGUCCCAUGUACCAGGGCGCUGAUAUGAAAGGCUGGUCACAGGGAGGCAUGGGACGCAACAGCUCAUACCCUCAGCAGCAGUUUGGGCCGCAGGGACCUCCAGGCCAGCAGCAGUUUGGGCAGCAGGGGAAUCCAGGCCAGUAUGGGGGCAUGAUGAUGAACGGGGGCAUGCCGGCCAGCGGAGGAGGAGGUCACAUGGGGCAGAUGGGGGGGCAGAUGGGAAUGAACCCAAUGGUGAUGGGGCGCAUGCCUAUGGGACCUGAUCAGAAAUACUGCUGAGCAUGGUGACAGCAGCAUUUGUCUCACUGUGAUCUCCAUCCAGAGCGAGGACACGGCUGCAGCACAGGAGUGAGGAGGAGGAGGAGGAGGAGGAGGAGAAGAUCCAGACAGUGUUUGUGUCUAUUUGUAGUGCUGUGCUCUUACCAGACGGGGGAGUUAGCUUCCUUUAGACACUCAGCCAGUGAUGACCAUCUGGUAACCUGAGGAAAAACAAUGUCAUACAUUCAUAAAGAAACAUAACAAACAGGAACACUGUGACAUGAAGACAGAAAACCCUUACAGCUCUGUGAUUCCUCUGUAGACUGUAGUUUUAAUGUUCCUCUCUUUCUAAGCGGUGUGUGCGCCUCAGUAAACUCACACACCACUCGCUGGACCAAUCCUCUCCGUGUUGUCGAAUGUACCACGAAGCUGUGUUCAGAUUUUUAAAAUAACAUUGGAUUCCUCUCUUUGCCUCUGAACGUCGCCUCUCUGCUGCUCCUGGACGAUCUCUCUGCGUACAUGAUGUAAAAGUAUGGCUGCUCCAGACGACGAGCCAUCAGAUUGUGACACUCACAUGAAUGUCAUUCAGCAGUAGCACAUUGUUUUUUGUCCUCUGGGACGCUGCCGAGCUAAAGUACGACUGAAUUUCUCGUUGGCUGAUUGCACUUUAUGGAAAGGCCAACAUCAAAAGGAUUGUGGCAAUAUAGAGGCCUUUACCCAAGAGUUAAUGUAUAGCAGCAGACAUUUAUGGUUUAUUUUGUGUGUUUAUUCUCUGACUUUUCCUCUGUAAUAUGUUGAUUGGGAAUGGGUAACCUUAAUGAUCUUUGCUCUGAAGUGGGAACCAGAAGAAAGGCAGAAAGCACAGAUUGAGUUUUUAAAGUCAUUCUUGUGCAAAACUCCACUUAUAUUUAUACAGAUUUACAAUGUGGUAAUUUUAUCAUUCCAGAGGUAAAUUUUGCAGGUAUUUUGAUUACCUUGCACCAAUUUCCAGUGUUACUAAGCAGUUUCUUGCCAGUGAUAAGAUUAUGUCCCCCCUGUAAGAGAAAUUGUGUGUUAGAUUUCAUUGUGCAGAUUUUUAGCAAUAAUCCCUUCCUCCUGGUUUCCCUCUGAGGACAAAGCUCAUUUACUCAAAGUGACGGCACUGCAGUAUUAGACAUGAUGUCUUGUUCUGAGCUUUUCUUUCUUUUAUCUGUGAAUACGAAUUGUAAAUAAGCUUCAAAUGUACUAUAUAUAAAUAUAUAUAUGCUUUUGUAGGUCACAUACUGUUUUUGCACAGAUUGUAAGGCUUGAUAUUUAAAAGUUUCUUAAUCCAUCAUAGGUCAACUUUUAUUUUCAAACCUUAAAAUACAUCAGAGAGGAAGGGCCUCAUUUUUUGUAAGCAGUACGUGUAGAUUUACUUUCAUACUGUCACUUUCUUUCUCAGAAAGCAUUUUUCUGAGGUCAUAGUCUUAGCUAAAGAGGUGCUAGUGUGUAAUUUUGUUUUUUAAUAAAUUAUUUUUCUUUGGACAGAAAAAGAAAACACAAAGUAUGCCUAUACAAAAAGAGUUGACACAUGAUUGUGUUAGGCUUCUAGGGGCCCAGAUGUCUCACCGGUAAUGUGGUGUUGAUUUUUUUUCUCAACUGAACCUCAUGCUUCCAAGUUUCACUCCUGAGAUUUCUCUGCUUUUGCAGAUUUGAUCGUUCAGACUUUGGGCCUGCCGUCUGUGAGCCUUUUUGGUCUGCAGAUCCUAAUGGAAGCCACACAAGAGGUCGUUUGAAUCCCAUGUUUCUUGUCAAUUUCAUGACAGGGAACCUUUAUUUACAUUUAAGUUUGCCUUUAUUUUUAUUCUGAUUCCUGUGAAGCUUUUGUUGAAGAAUCUACCUUUGAACACAUGCUCAAUCCAAAGAUUUUUGUUUGUCAUUCUGCAGUGCUAGAAACAGUUCCUGACGUAGAUCGUGCAAGUACUCAUGUGUGCUUUAAUUGUUGCACAUAACCUAUAAUAUUCAUUGAACUUAAUAUGUUUAAAUGCAUAUAUUAUAUCCCCAUGAUCCAUAUGACAUAGAGUAGACAUGAGUCUGGUUCUGCUGAGGUGGUUUGACUUCUUUCGUUUGUGAUUGUUUCCUCCUUUCUGUAGAUCUUAUGGCCAGUUGAAAUGUGGUGCUGCAAACGGUUCUUUCACAAACGAAUGUUGAGAUUUUUCUACGCUGAAAGACGGUUUCAUGAUUGAUGUCUUUAUGUCUCAGAAUAAUAGCUUGGAGUUGUUUUUUUUUAACCCCAGUCUCAAUGAAUAUGUUUAAUCAACAAUAUUUAAAAAAAAAAAAAAAGUUUUGCUGUAAAGGAAAGAAACUCCUCAGAGUGCAUCAUUGGCACUAGAGAAAAGACAAAACACAUCUGGGAAACAUACAGUCGUUCUUAAAGGAUGUAAAAUACUGUUGCAUUUUUUUCUUACCUUGUUUCUUGAUGUUAA